AUGGGGUUUGUAAUUGAACACUGUAAGGUGGUGGAUGAUUAUAGGGUCUGCAGUUUAGAUGGCUAUCUGGCAGUAAGAGGUGGUUUGGCUUCUUCUGAGAACCAUUGUCUCAAUGUGUCUGGCAUUUGCAGAAGAGACAUCUGCAAAAGGAUGGAAGACCUGCUUGGUAACUGCCGAAGAAGGUGGAAAUGCUGUAGACCAUGGUGGAUUCUCAUGCCAGUUCCAACCCCAAUUAUCUAUUCAGACUACCAACCACCGUUUAAGCCUAAAUUGAAAUGA